AUGCGGGCUGAGCUGAAGAAUCCGCAUUAUCACGGUUAUCAGCGAGCGCGACGAGUAUGGGCGCGGAAGCCGUUUGAGGGUGAGCUUUCGACACCUGAUUCGAUGGCGCAUUCAUGA